GUGUGAAUAAAAGAAGCCGUUAUGUCAUCGAGAACGGCUUUCCGAAUUCACGGAAUCAGAUUCGAUGAAGGUUUCUUUUUCAAUUUUGAGGAUCAAUUUUUGAAUUUGUAACAUUUUACAAAAAGUUACAUUACACUUUUUGUAAAAGGAGUCGUCUUGUAAGUUGUAGCAUUGAAAUAAUUUCAGUUUUAUAACUUUCUUAUAACUGCUUUACGUAACUUGAUCGUUAACACCAAUUGACAGUUGACUGCUAUUUUUAACAGUUUGAAUGACCUUAUUGAAGGCAAAUGCAGAUUCGACGUAAACCGUUUCAAGAAGGGGAACAUAUCGAACAAAGGGAAGCACAUAAACUAACACCAACCUGUAGGGUCAGGGUUGACAAGAUUAAACUACAAUAAGGAAGGACACAUUUACAAUGUACUUGCAAGGAUGGACCGUCUCUAACAUACAAAAAACGUAGCGUUUUAGCACUCUCUACUGAUUGGAGGGGAGUUCUUUACUUAUAAUCAAUUACAUCCAUUAUGUCAUUCUUAGCUACUGAGUCUAUCUAUGAGCAUUGUUAUCAGAUGAUAAGAUUAAAAUAUUUCACUGAAGAUUAAUCAACAAUGUUUAACAACUUUUCAACUCUAAAAAUAACUUCAUCAAGCUGAUGUCAUCCGUUGCUACAAUUCUUGGUUGAAUUGAUGUGAAAUAUAUUUUUUUUUAAAUUGAGAUUAUUUAUAGAAAUUACUGUAUAAUGUCAUUGCCACAGCCUCUGGGUUGGAACACAUACAAGAAAGGAGUACAAAUGUUCACUGGAAAAUUUUAUGUACAUAUUAAAUUGGAAUAUUCACAAUAUAUUUUGACUAAUGUAUAAGCAUUAUAUCUUAUUAAUUAAACGAGUUUUGUUAGCCUUUUGCUGCUUGUUUUUAAGCAUAUGAUUUUAUCCCAAUAAGCUCAGAAAUUCUUUCUUAAGAGCCAAGACAUCAUCAGACUUUAACAAAGACUGUCAUACAGAGAAAGUGUCAAUUAAAAGUGAAAGCUAUGGAUGGAAAAGCAGAGCCUGAAAAUAUUGAUUCAUAUAAUAAGGCACCUGAAAACAGAGAAGUGAAACCUCACCCUUGUGAUAUAUGUGGAAAGUUAUUCAGUACAGGCAAUUUGUUAUUUUGCCAUAGAUGUGUUAAUACAAGCAAAAAACUACAUCAGUGUGAUAUCUGUGGUAAAACAUUCUCUCGGAGUGGUAGUUUAAAUUCUCACAAACGUAUUCACACAGGUGAAAAACCAUACAACUGUGAUAUCUGUGGUAAAAAUUUCUCUCGAAAGGACAAUCUAUCUACCCACAAACGCAUCCAUAGUGGGGAGAAACCAUACAGUUGUGAUAUCUGUGGUAAAAUGUAUUCAGGAAGUUGUGAUUUAUUGACCCACAAACUUAUUCAUACAGGAGAAAGACCAUAUCAGUGUAAUAUUUGUGAGGAAACAUUUUCUACAAAGCGUCAUUUAUCUUGCCACAUACGCAUUCACACUGGAGAAAGACCAUACCAUUGUGAUAUCUGUGGAAAAACAUUCUCUCAAAGUAGUCAUUUCUCUCGACACAAACGUAUUCACACAGGAGAAAUGCCAUACUAUUGUGAUAUCUGUAGUGAUACAUUUUCUAGAAGUGAUAACUUAACUCAACACAAACGUAUUCAUACUGGAGAAAAACCAUACCACUGUGAUAUUUGUGGAAAAAAAUUUGCAAGAAGUUCUGAUUUGUCUUCUCACAAACGUAUUCACACAAAAGAAAAGCCAUAUAAUUGUGAUAUCUCUAGCAAAACAUCCUCUGAGACUCAUAAUCUAGUUUCCCACAAAUGUAGUCACUCUGAAGAGAAACCAUACUGCUUUGAUAUCUGUGAUGAAACAUAUUCUGGAAGUGCUGAAUUAUCCUGCCACACAAGAAAGACCAUACUGCUGUGAUAUCUGUAAUGAA